AUGGCGGACUCGCUGAACCUCUUCGCCGAGUCCAACCUCCGCGCCGUCGUCUCCUUCACCGACUCGACCGUCGCCCUCCACGUCCUCGAACGCCCGCCCUUCACCUACCCCCUCCUCUCCGCCACCGAGCCCACGACGCUCAACCCGACCGCGAACCCGUACAGCAUCCCGUCCGUGCCCGAGUUCGAGCGCAGCUGGGCCACCUGGGACCUCGUCACCCUCGGCAUGAUCCCCAAAGACCUCCUGCACUCGAAGCCGAUCGACCUGCGGCACAAGCCGCUCUUCUACAUCGGCCACCUGCCCACGUUCGCGAACAUCCUCCUCUCGCGCUGCCUGCAGGCGAAGCCGGUCGGCCCGCGCCCGUACCUCACCAUCUUCGAGCGCGGGAUCGACCCGAGCGUGGACGACCCGGACCAGUGCCACUCGCACUCGGAGGUGCCCGAGCGGGACGAGGACUGGCCGGUGAUCGAGGACGUGCUCGCGUACCGGGACGACGUGCGCGAGAACGUGAUCAAGCGGCUCAUCGGCGAGAUGGAGCGCGGCGAGCGGCCGCUCACCCGCCGCGCCGCGCGCACGCUCAUGAUGGUCCUCGAGCACGACGGCUUCCACAUCGAGACGCUGUUGUACAUGCUCAUCCAGCGCGCCGGCACCGGCAUGCUCCCGCCCCCCGGCUUCGCGCCCCCGCCCUGGGAGACCCUCGCGGCGCAGUGGGACGCGACCCCAGCGCCGCGCACGGCGACGGUGGAGCUCGGGCCCGCGACGAUCACGCUCGGGCACGACGACCAGGAGCCGGACGACGAGCUCCCCGCGCUCGCGGGCGACGUCUCCGCGCACGAGUUCGGGUGGGACAACGAGUCGCCCGCGCGCGCGGUCGACGUGCCCAAGUUCCGCGUGGAGUGGCGGCCGGUCACGAACGGGGAGUUCCUCGCGUUCUGGCGCGGCGCGGGCGCGGGCAAGGUCGACAUGCCCGCGAGCUGGACGACGGACGGGUGCGGGGCGGGGGAGGCGGACCCGCGCGUGCGCACGCUGUACGGGCCGGUGCCGAUGCGCUACGCGCGGCAUUGGCCAUGCCUGACCGCGUACGACGACCUCGCGGCGUUCGCGGCGCACAAGGGCGGGCGCAUCCCGCGCGAGGCGGAGCUGCGGCUCUUCCUGGACGCGUACCAGGUGUCGUACGCGGAGGGCGCGAACACGGGCUUCCGGCACUGGCACCCGCUCCCCGCGACCGCGGGCGCGGACGGGCGCGGGUCGAACGGCGGGGUGUGGGAGUGGACGGCGACGCCGCUCGCGGCGCACGAGGGCUUCGCGGGCACGACGAUCUUCCCCGGGUACUCGAGCGACUUCUUCGACGGGGCGCACAUGACGGUGCUCGGGGCGUCGUACGCGACCGUGCCACGGCUCGGGGACCGGCGCACGGUGCGGAACUUCUACCAGCACAACUACCCGUACCCGUGGGUCGCGGCGCGGGUCGCGUACGACUUGUGA